AUGUCAGAUAAAAUAAAACGUAUAAGCGGAAGUUUCCAGUUAGUGAUUGCAAUAUGCUUACUUGUUUUAAGCUGCCGCUCAACAGCUUCAUCGACCCCAUCCGAACAAUCAAACAUAUUCCCCCCUUCAUUAGAUCAGCUAGCUAGUCACAAGCUUCCAUGGGCCCAAUCAAUACUGGCGAAGUAUCAAAAUAAUGAAAUUAACAUAGACCAGUACAUCGAUGCAGAGAACACAGAAUUACUUAGCAUGAGUGAAAGUGAUAAAAGAACAUGGUUUAACAACAUUGGGUUUUAUCAGUUGUUAAAAUCCGAAUCUAGUGAUGUAAAACGGCUGCAGUCGAUAGCAUCUCUAAUGAUUAGAUGUUUUGAGAAGGACAAUACACUAUUAAGUCCCGCUAAUUGCACCGAUAUGGCCCCAGCAAUCGACAUUAUUAUGUUAUAUGCCAGAUUAACUCAAAAUCCAGACUCUACUCAAACAGGCCAAAAGGACAUUGAUCCUGAGCACAUGGACUUUGCCUACCAACUUGCUUUAUUUACUUAUAUAACGUCCAUAAAGACCCGGUGUGACACUUUAGAAAGAGUAUGUUUAGACCAAGAGACUUAUACUAAACAUACGGGCAAAGCUUAUCAAGACUCAGACUUGCUCAACCAAGAACUCAGUUCUACCCUUGUUCACACCAAGACUGAUCUUGAACUCUUGCGCAACAGCCCAUUAAUUAAUCGCAUUCAUCCACUUGGCAUUGCCCUUUAUGAAAGAGAUCUCCAAUGCCGGUAUGAUAAGGAAAACAAAGUAUUUGUUGUAAUCAGCAGUUCCAUUUGUGGUCAGACUGGCCAAUCGAUUAAUAUGCCAUACCACGCCGAUAGGAUUACCUUCGAGGAUGCUGUUCUUUUAAGGCAUGUUCCCAAAGACCAAAUUGUGAUAGUCAACCAUGAGAGUCUAGAUAAUUUUAAACACCUAUUAGCGAAUCUAGAUCUCUUUCCCAACAGCUGUCCACCCCUCAAACGGCAUAGCAACAAGAACAUAAUAACGUUUGAAGACUAUAACAAGUACAAAGAAUCGAUGAACCAAACUACCGAACAACCACCUCUAAAAUAUGAAGAGAUUAUCACCCAAGGCUAUCAAUCCCCAGAAGAGAUUGCACAAGAAAUCCAAAAGAAGCAAGCACAGCAAAAGAAACACGAAGAACAGCUGCGGAGACACUGGGAAGAACAGGAACGGCAAAGGUUGAAGAGACAAAUCCCACAAGCUGUGAUACAAUCCAAGCAAGAGAAGCCAUACAGCGAAAGACUGUUAGAAAGAAAAGAGGCGCAAAAGCAAUUACAGAUAGCCCAAGAAAAGAAAGAAACAACUGCUAUCUUGUCAAGUGGAAUAUUUAUAUCCAUAGUUCAUUUGCUAGGCACUAUAAGCGCUCUUAUAUUUACACCCCAUUUCAUGGCACUCUACUUACUACCCAUCAAUAUACUAAUUGUUAGCUUAGUACCUCUCCUUUUACUUCACAUUCACAACAAGUUAGCCAACCCCAACAAAGCUCCUAAACCAUGGCAAUACUAUCUCUUCUUCUCUAUCAUUGGUAUAACAAUCAUUGCCUUAAGUACGAUCUUUAUCUUUAAUUCGAUUGCUUACGCUCAAACCAGCGAAUAUACUCUUUUCGAGUCCAUAUCCCUAGCCUACCAAAUCUUUGCGAUAUUCUCUAUUAUUGGCUGCCUUGGCAUCAGACGUCUCUUCAACAACAUCCAACGCUCUUAUUGGUUACUCUAUGUCCAAGCUUUCUUGCUAGCCACUAUCGCCCUUCUCUUCUCUCUCUCCAACUCUAUUUUUGAUCUACCAGCAUAUUCCCAACUACUACUUAAAUCUCAUAUUCUAACCGUAUCUGGUCUUCUCUUUAUAGCCGGAGCCUUUAUUCAUCUUUUGGGACACUGUCUGGAUGAAGAGCCAAUCAACCAAUCCAAAAGAUCAUCAUUUGACAAGCUAAUCAAGAUCUACUCCAUGCACAUAAUACUAAGUGCUUUAAUCGGACUCACUAUCUGGCUCACUAUCAGCUACAACCUAAUAACUCCCAACAUCUCCUAA